CCCUUUGGACAGUAUGUAGUGAAAGCGGCAUAAAACAACUAACUGUUACCAUCUUAUUCGGGCUUUGACGUAGAUGGUUUCCAAGAUCACAGAGACACAAACAUCAGUCAGAGAGAUAUCCAAAAGUGAGGAUUCUGUUCCAUUGGUGUAUUUCAACAUCCAUUUGGCCGACAACAAGUGACUACAACUUGAAGAAAUUGAAAGUGACGAGACCAUUUCAUCAGCCGAAAAUCGUCACUUUCCUGAAAUGCAAGUGCGGCCAUUGCUGUCUAUUGAUUUGUAGAGAUCCCUUGAAGUUGUUUGCACGAGGAUAAUCAAUAAACUGGUUGAGGUGUAAACAAAAGACUGCAGAGACAGAAGAAUUGGCAUAUCGAUUUUUGUAUUUCGAUCGCUAUUCUUUCACUCUCGACUGCUACGAGAUUGUGGUUAUUAUUCUUGUAUACUCGCCCUAUAGUAUAUUAUUGUUAUAGUAAAUAGUUUGACACUGAAGUGGAACAUUGAGUUUACCUGUUACUUCAACAAUGGGCUUUGUCUUCAGUGCGCCCAAAAACCAACACGGCGACGAAUGUCUGCUCCAUGUACUUAAAGGUCACCGUGCAGGUAUUAACUGUAUGGCAAUUAACGACGAAGGAACCAUCCUAGUGACCGGCAGUGAAGACACAACAGCAAUCCUCUGGAGUACAAGUCUUGACGACCCCGGAUGUUAUGGAGAACUGGUUGGUCAUACGGAAAGAAUAAACUGUGUUGCCUUCGAAGACAAAUAUGUUUUCAGCGGCAGUGCUGACACAACCAUACGGAAAUGGCACUGUGAGAGUUUAGACUGCCUGUUGGUCAUUCAAGGUCACACUUCGAUCAUCCAACGCAUUAUCUGUGCUGGAGAUUUCAUCUUCUCAAGCUCUUACGACCAUACAGCACGCUGUUGGGAUUUUGACAGUGGGGAACCUCUCCGCGUAUUUCGAGGACAUACCAGGGGCGUCUAUCCAUUGUUGUUUCGACCGGGAGAUGAAAAGUUCCAGCAAGAAUAUGAUGAAGAUCCUGACAUACUUGUUACCGGGUCUGCCGACAAUACUGCUAUUUCCUGGGAUAUAAGUACUGGCAAGCCUCUAAAUGUUUUCGGUGGCAAGUAUGGUCACACAGAACAGAUCACAUGUCUGGCAUUGGAUGGUCCUGGCGACAUCCUUUUCACUGGGAGCAUUGACUACACAGUGAGAACCUGGUACCUACACGAUGGUGGCCAGCAUAGAGUCUUUAAGGGUCACGAGGGCGUCAUAACCUGUAUUCAGGUCGUUGGUUCAACGUUAUACACAGGAAGUGCUGACUGUACCACACGAAAAUGGAACGUCCACAAAGGUCGUGAAAUGGGCAGAUACGAUGGUGAAACAACGAGAUCGUUAAGUUCCCUCAAGGUCAUCCGGUACGGUGACGAAAAGUUCGUAAUCACAGCCAGUGGAGAUGACUCAAUCCGGUGUUUUGAGGACGAGGGAUGUAAACUUAUAAAAGAAGUGGCACAUGAUGGACCGGUGACAGCAUUCCAGGUUUCCCGUGGGGCUUUAUACAGCGUGGGCUAUGACAACAACAUCAUGGUUUGGCACCUUAGCCGGUUCCUGGGUAUCGAAUGAUUCUAAAGAACACAACACCCUUUCAUUAAGAAGUCUUGUUUGUGACAGUAUCAUAUUUAUAUCAGUUAUAUUUUGUCUGUUGGGUCAUUUACAAGAUUGAAAUCCAUGUUUACGGGCGUUUUUCCGAAUAGACAAAUACCACUUCUACACUGCUAAAAUAGCCAUUACAUUGGCUUACAAAAUCCCGUCUCCAGUGCCUUAUUCUUUUAACUAUUUGGUGCCUUGUGUUCAUGGUGUUUUGAGUGGUAUCAGUAUGAUAGUUCCACAGACUGAAGACCAGCUGAGCCUCUGUUUAUGUUCUGCGUAGAAUGGUCGUCUUUGGCACGUUGGCUUGAGAUUGUUCUAAUACCAGAUUCGUCUUGCUGAU